CUCAAGUUUAUUUUUCAAGUUUAUUCAAGUUUAUUUUUUUAAGUUUCCGUUUUAAUCCCAAAUUAAUUUUUCCUACAGUUGCAACUUUAAGAUUACAAAAAUUAUACUUCAAUUUACAUUAUAUUUCCCAAAUUAAUUUACAUUUUUAAAUUUUUACAGAUCAGCAGAAUGGGAUUUAAUGAAUUUAACGUCUGCAAGACAUGCAGUGCUUUACACAAGUUGUUGUGGUCCAGAGACUCUUUUCUUCACUUGUAAUUUAAUUGUUCCUUGUUUUUUAAUUUCUUUUUUGACAACAUUUGUAUUUUACCUUCCGGAUCAUAAAAUAACAUUUUCAAUUUCUAUACUUGUUACACUUACAGUUUUCUUUUUGGUUUUGAUUGAUUUGAUGCCUCCAACAAGUUUGGAAGUACCCAUGUUUGGACAAUAUUUAAUUACAACUAUGAUUUUGGUUGCCCUCUCAACACUUUUUUCUGUGGCUUCAGUAAAUAUUCGUUUCCGGAAUGGUUCUACUCAUCAAAUGUCCCCGUGGAUUCGAAUUGUAUUUUUGGGUGUUUUACCAAAAAUUUUGUUAAUGAAACGCCCCGAUCGCCAACAACUCGAAACAAAUACAAAUUCAUUAAACAAUUUUAUGGGGGAGACAAGGCAUCGACUUGAACCUUCAUCGUCUUCCUCUUCCUUUAAUUUUGAAUAUUCUAAUAAAAAGGCAACCAUUUCCUCCCCUUCAAAUUUAUUUAAUAAUCGCUCAAAACUCCCACAAACUUCAAUUUUUAACAAAAAUAAAAAAGAAAAAUAUGAAAAACCGCCUCCAUAUUCUUCUAUUACAACAAAUACUCUCAAAAAUUCUGAUAAAAAUAAUAAUUCAAAAGAAAAAAAUUUUUUGGAAGAAAAUAUUUAUGCAGAACCAUCUACUAGUAGAGAAAUACAGCAACCAUUUUGUAGCAAUAAAAAUCAAAAAUUGAGAAAGAUUGAAUAUACAUGGAAUGAACAGCGAGUUUUGUAUAAUCUGGCUAGACAAGUAGGGAAUUUUUGUGUUUCUUUUUCCAGUUGCAUGUAUUUAAGUAUUUUCCGGAAAAUAAAAGAAUAA